ACUUGAGUCCAAGACGGUGUGAACGCGAACGUGUCUUGAUCGGAUCGACGCAUCGACCGAUUGCACCGAUAAGUGGCUAAAAACAUUUAACAGUACGAAACUUGAAGCGGCAAAAUGCUCCACCUUACACAAACACGAGUAAUCAGAUGGUUCUAUCUAACAUUGUUGCUUCUGCUACUAUGCUGGAACAGCUUGAUCGAAUGCCGAAAGCAACACACGCACACUAAUGAAGCUGACCGUGAACUCACGAGUUUUGAAGAAGAUGGUGGUGGUGGAGGCGGAGGUAAUAUCGGAAAUGGCCAUCGUCGAGGGCAUCGUAAAAAACAUCAUCAUCGUCAGCAUCACGAGGACAAUCAGCUCUCAUUGUGGAUCAAUGAGCAACAGUUGAAUAUGUUAAGUGCACUUUUCUUUCCACAAGGCUUUGCGCAUGGUCGCAUAUAUGCCAUCGAAAAUGGUGAAGUUCUGAACGAUUUGAGGGAAAUUAACAUCUAUAAAUACUUGAUUAUACCCGCCGAAGUAAAUUACGUGAAUUUCACGUGGAAGUCGGGUAGCAGAAAAUAUUUUUACCAUUUCGAUCGGUUGCAAACGCUGGACGAUAAUAUUCUAAGAGCUCCUACGUUAUCGAUUAAAACGAAAGGACGAAUACCGGCAGAAGAAAAAAAUUUCAGUAUUUUCCUGCCUUGUGCCGGUAAUAACUCAGGUACGGCCAUGUUCAAUAUCGGCUUGUCCAUACAAAAUCGUCGGGGGAAGCCGUUGCCUGGCACACCAAUACGCUUAAAUUUUAAAAAGGAAUGCGCACAUAGAGGUAACGCUACCAUCUCUACACUAACAUCUCCGCAAGGUCCCGAUCCCGAAUGUAAUUUGAAAUGUGGCGAUAAUGGAUUUUGUAAUCAUCAUAAAAUUUGCCAGUGCAAAGCUGGCUACACGGGUCAGUACUGUCAGGCGGCAUUUUGUUUUCCGCAAUGCCUAAAUGGCGGCAAUUGCACAGCGCCAUCGGUGUGCACCUGUCCUGAUGGCUACCAAGGCACUCAGUGCGAAGGAGGCAUCUGCACCGAGAAAUGCUUAAAUGGCGGCAAGUGCAUACAAAAGGAUAAAUGCCAGUGUUCCAAAGGAUACUAUGGACUGCGAUGUGAAUAUUCUAAAUGUGUGAUUCCAUGCAAAAAUGGCGGUCGCUGCAUUGGCACCAAUAUUUGCCGCUGUCCAAGCGGGUUGCUCGGUAAUCAUUGCGAAAUCGGUCGUAGGCAGCGUUCGACCUGCAGGCGUCCUUGUAAGCAUGGCGUUUGUAUGCCAAAUAAGACCUGCAAAUGUGAUCCGGGCUUCUAUGGACAGUAUUGCAAUGCAAGAAUAAAAAAACAUCGUAAAAUUCAUAGAUAGGUACAAUGGCCGCAUUGGAAAAAUCCCCCUUUUCUUACUUUUACUACUUUGUCGGAUUUUUAAUGGAUACAAUAGCGGUAUUCACCAGUGAGAGAGUGGCCUGGCAGACUGGUGUCAACAGUCAUCUGCUCUUUUGCUAGAACGCCAGGCCACUGCUCAAUUUGGUGAAUACCACUAAUAAUUUGUAAAUUUUUACUAGAGUGAUAAAUAUACAUAAGUUUACCGUUUUGUUUUUCGUAACGUGCAUGUUUUAAUUGGAGCGCGCAUAGUUAAGGCCAAAGCAUAGAUGUGUAUAUGCGCUCCGGUUGAAACAUACACGUUUUGUAAUCGACGCUUCGCUCGAUGCUUUGCUCGCCUCUCCCGUAUGUUUUUAGCCUAACGCUGAGCUAUCAACAUAUCUUUAUAAAGUAAUGUUUUUUAAACAUAAAUAAUACUACAAUAUUCGUAUGCCCAGUAAAGGCACCUUAGAAUCAUCUAUUUCUAGAAAUGUGAUAAACUUAAAUAAUGAAACAAAAUUUUACUUCGAGGAAGUCUGAAAAUUUCUAAUUUAUAAUUGGAAGUAAGCAUUUUUAUAAAAUAAAAAUAUGUAUGUAUUUAAAAUAACAAUUAAAGUAUGGAUAUAUUUUUCGCGCAUAUUUGUCAAAGAAUUACCCUUAUGAAAGUGCACAUUGUUUGUUUGGGCUUGGGCCACCCCGGAAAACAAAAUAUAUGUAGUACCUACUCUUUCUCUCAAUUAAACCUGCAAUGAAUUUGUUUGAUUUCGUUCUUGCGAUGCACAUGACUUUAGCUGUAUGGCAGCCUCACGUCACGCGCCACCUUUCACCCCAUUUCUGGAGAUUGUGGAGAAAAAAUGUUCUUUAUAUAGUUUUGAUUUCGGGUGCGAUGUGGUCCUCACUUGAGCUGGUAAGAAAGGUAGGUUAAAAUGUUACUUACCUUUGCUCGAAGUGCUGUUUUAUAUAUGUAUAUGUUUUACCUAAGUUUACUUAAAUAUGAAUAAAAGCGUACCUAGAACUCAAUUUGUCCCAAUCAAAGCACUGUGUAUCAGUUAUAAAUGUUUAGGCUGUCGUCUUAAACGCAUCAAUGCAUAGCAUCAGUCUCUUUUAUUCCUAAGUCAUGGCGUACAAUACAAAUAUCCGAUAUGCUCAACCAUAAAGAAAUGCCAACGUUUAAUAAAGCUGCGUUAAUUGGAUACUCUUAUCACCUGUGGUUAAGAAAUAACUCUUUAAUAUCAUUCACCGCAGGAUUGAAAUUAAGAUGUAAUAGUUUUGCUGUGUGGGUUUUUAGUGGUUUUUGUUGUAGCGGCUACUUAGCCCUUUGGAAACUGUAGUGAGUUUGCAGGUAUUUUCCUUGCUCAUUCUUAAAAGAUCCCUGGUUUGAAGUUAUCCCUAGGAUACCCAGAACUGCUGGGUAAUCCUAUACGAUCAUGUAUGGUUGAUCU